CGGCGGGAGGGGUUUCGAGCUUGCCUUUUAUUUCCGGCUUUCCUUAUUUUUUCAGCCUCGUGGAGUAAACCGGAACGUGCAAGGAUUUAACGAUGGACAGACCCCUCCUCUGUGUGCCCCCACAUGUGUUUGGCUACGAGGGCGCCCACUAAAGCACUUUCAGGAUUCUCCACUCAGUGAUUUGAGACUUUCAGGAUUUGCUGGAAACUACAGCCCCGCCUCCCGAUGCAAUCUGAAUCCAGGCAGUGUGAAGAGGAGACCCCUUCCCUCUUAUGGGGUUUGGAUCCUGUGUUUCUAGCCUUUGCCAAACUCUACAUUAGGGAUAUCCUGGACUUGAAGGAGUCUCACCAGGUGCCAGGUGUAUUUUUUUACAAUGGGCAUCCAAUAAAACAGGUAGAUGUCUUGGGAACUGUAAUUGGAGUGAGAGAAAGAGAUGCCUUCUACAGUUACGGAGUGGAUGAUAGCACUGGAGUUAUAAACUGCAUCUGCUGGAAAAAGUCGACCAACACUGAAUCUUCCUCAGCAACUACAGCUGCUCCAAGUGCAAGAGAGCUGAGCUUAACCUCACUGUUUAAGAAGCUGCAAGAGACCACUAAGCAGAGAACAAAGAUAGAAAUUGGGGACAUUAUCCGGAUCAGAGGUUAUAUCCGCACGUACAGAGGAGAGCGAGAAAUUCAUGCCUCUGUUUAUUAUAAAGUGGACGAUCCAGUGUGCAACAUUCAAAUUGCAAGGAUGCUUGAGCUGCCCAACAUCUACAGGAAAGUUUAUGACCAGCCUUUCCACAGCCCAGCCCUAGAGAAAGAAGAGGCACGAAGCAGCAAUCCAAGCACCCUGGACCUUGCCAGUCUCACGUGUUCGUUGAGUGAAAAAGUCAAAGAAUUCCUUGUGAAGAACAGAGUGCAAACCUUUUAUCAGCAGGAGUUGGAAAUGGUGGAGUCUCUGCUGUCCUUUGCCAAUCAGCCCGUGAUUCACAGCGCCUGCUCUGAGCAAGCAGAUGUUCAGAACGAUACCACCUCCAAGGAUAUUCGUGGUAUAUUUAAGGAUGCUAUCAAGCUGCUGCAGGACAGAGGACUCGUUUACCAGAAAGAUGAUGGUUUUGAUAAACUAUUCUACGUAACCAAAGAAGACAAAGAACUGCAUAGAAAGAUCCAUCGUAUCAUUCAAGAAGACAGCCAGAAACCAAACCAUACAGAGAAGGGCUGCCACUUCCUGCACAUCUUGGCCUGUGCUCGCCUGAGCCUCAGCCAUGGCCUGAGUGAGCCUGUGCUGCAGCAGGUGCUGGAGCUGCUGGAGGACCAGAGUAACAUCGUCAGCACAAUGGAGCAAUACUACGUAGCGUUUUGAGGACAGGCCACAGGCAGGUCGGGCAGAAACGGGCCAAGAAGAAAGACCAAGUGGUGUUCACUCCCAGGCUCCGAUUUUAAACAUCAUGCAGAGGCUUAUAGAUCUGGAGGCAAUUAUCUCGUAGUUAACUGGGAAAUGUGGUCAUUGGUCAUUUGAGGAAUAGAAUCUGGUGUAAAUUUGGCUUCCUUCUACCUGCUGUAUCCUUGGGAUAAAAUAACUUGUAGCCACAACAUACAAGAAAACCUUCCCCGUUGAUCUCCUGACUGGACUGGGCAUCGUUCAUGCAACAGAAGGGGAGGAGACAGUGUUAGUGGCUGAAUCGGUGUGUGUGGAUGAGGCUUUAUCAAAGCACAUCCCGUGGUACAACCCACGGACUGCCAGAACUGAAGAGCAUACAGCGAGAUCGCACAGAUCUAACAUGUUUUCAAACUUUAGGCUAUCAGGAACUUCUUGUGGGCCUGUCUUGAUGGUUAAGAAUCCAGCAUAGGGGACCCCUCUUCCUACAAUAGAUGACUAUUGCUGACCUAUGAUUUCCAAGGGUCAAGCAUCAGUGGUGGUGGGUCAUGAGUCCUAGGCUGAAUGCUGUUUACACACCUAUCCAGAGAUGGGAAUAAAUGGAUCCAAGGCAUGGCUCUUGGUUGGUCAAUUUCUUUAUUUUCCUUCUGAAUCAAAAGAUGUCUCAAUACAUUUCCCUCAGCACUUGAGGACGUGUGUGACUAAAGACAUUGUCCUUUGAUGCCCUGAGGUUCCCGGAGGCUUUCAGCCAAUUGUCUGGUGGUGGUAGAUAGGACUUUUAAGGUUACUACUGAAUUUGCAAAACGUUCCUGACACCAUCCAGACAGAGACUCUGUAUGUGCCCAGACAGGUGAUGGAGGCAAGCUUCUCGGAAUGACAAGGUAAAGGGAAAAAAUCUGAGGCAUGUAGCAGCUUGUUCUAAUAGCAAGAUGACAAAUCCAGCCAGCAAAAGUAAAGUGUGGAGAAAGAUUUGGAGUUAAUUACAGUCAUUUCACAAAAGGCACAUCUGCCUUCAUCUGCAGUAUUUGCUCUUGAUAUAAUAAGCUCUUAGUGGCUCGGCUGGAGAGCCUGUCGGUCUGGAGAGUUCUGCUCUCCAUGGAAAUGGAGCAGGUUUAUGCUCAGAAGUUGGCUGUUGCUCUGUAUGUCAGGCUGAGGGCUAGUACCGACAGAUUGCUUCCUGUCAUGGACCUUUUUUCUGACUUGACCCAAACCUCUGCCCUAUUUCUAACAGCAAUUACCCAGAUGGCUACCCUGUGUCCUCUGUGUUCAGAGGUCCCUGUAGAAUAGGGUCUACCUGGAAUGACAUCCCAGUGGUUCUUCCUUAAGGUCAAUGACUGAUUCAUGUUGAAGACAUCUCAGAUUAUUGGAGCUACCCAGGAAAGAGUCUUGAAUCAGACUGUUAAAAGGGCAUGUACCUUUAUGCGCACAGCAACCCCAUCUUCUAGAGUUUAUCCCAAGGAGAUGAUCACACACAGGUUUGAAAGUAUGAAUGCACAAAAUUCCUACUGCUAUGUCAUUUAGAAUUCUAUAAUUGGGGAAAAUUAAGUAUGGUACAUGUACACAAUAAAAUACUAUGCAGCUGUUAAAAUGAUGGGGCAGACAGAUACUGUGGCCAUGGAGCACUAUUCCCAAUAGAUUUAGUGGGAAGAAAAUCAAGUUACAGAUCUGUUUAAAUAGUAUAUUACUGUUGAUCUAAAACUGCCUGUGUGUAUGUACACGUCUAUAAGGAGAGUGUGUUUCUGUACGUACAUCCAUAUAAAUGUAGCACAUGGAUACACUUACACACAGUUGACCACUCCCCCCUCCUCAAAAUACUUUCUGCACUUGGCUUUCAGGACACUCCACUCUGAGUGCUCUUUCUCAGUCUCCUUUGCUCUGUCCUCCAUUUCCCUGAGGGGGUCUUCCCAGACCACUUUUCUAUUAAUAUCUAGCUUCCUCCCUUGGAGAUCUCAACCAGUCUCCUGGCCCUGACCAUCUAUAUGCUGACAGACUCCCCAGUUUAUAUCCAGCUUGGAUGUCUACUGAACGCCAAACCCCUACAUUUAACGUCCUGCUGACAUCUCCACUUAGGUGUCUGACAUCACAAACUUACAUAUCUAAGGCCAGGCCCCCAAUUACCCCUGCCCCAAACUGACUCCUGAAGUUUUCCCUGAUUCAGGAAAAAGGCAGCUCCAUUUUUCCAGUUGUUCUGGUCAAACCUGAUGACUUCUUUCUUUCUCUCACAUUCCACGUCCAGUCUGCACACAAAUUACCUUGGCUCUACCUUCAGAAUAAUUUCUAGACUCAAACGCUUCUCACUUCACUGCCACUCCCUGGAGUACUGCCGUCGUCCCCUCACUUCUCCCUGCGUAUAUGCCUUUGCCCCUCUUCAUUCUCCGCACAGCAGCCACGGUGAUCCUGUACAAACUUUAGGGCCUGUGAUUGCUGUUUGCUCUGCCUGGAAUGUCCCUCAGCAGAUAACCACAUGAUGACCUUCCCCAUCCCUCCUUUGGACCUUUACUUGAGUGUCACCUUCUCAGUGAGCCUUACCCUGAUCUCUUUUGCUAAUUGCAACCAACCUCGUCUUCUUCUUCCCCAGAACUCCUCAGAACUUAUUUUUCUCCACAGUACUUGUCACUCUGUAACACACUCUGUGUUUCUUACUCGCCCUGUUUAUUAUCUGUUUCCCCAACAGAAGGAAUGUUCCAUGAGGGCAGGACUCUGUUUUGUUUCCGCCUGUGUCCCCAGCACCUAUAACAGUGCAUGGCGCAUCUUUCAAGCAAUACCAUUUUUGUGUGUGCUUCGCUGCCCUCCACCUGCUAAUAUCUUCCUGUCUUUCCUGGGGACUUUUCUCCAGUAUCUUAGAAGGCCAUGCAGGCUGGAAGUACUCAGACUUAACAGUCAUGGGAGCAGCCUCAGCCAGUGAGACCUGGGGUAUAAGUGCUCCAGCUCCUUUGCCCUUCAAAUGACCUAUCACGUGUUCUACACCAUUUCCCAGAGUUUCUCUGUGGGAUUAAGCUCCAUCCACCCACACUAGCAGCUAACAAUAGCCACCCUUAAUUGGCUGCCUUACCCUCCCUUACUUCUCCACUUCCCAUUACUAUAUGCUGCACCUCCCAAAUGAAUUGCUUCCUUUCCGAUCCUUGUCUCAGGGUCAACUUCUGCAUGAAUACCAAUAGCACCAUGCUCACAAAUAUAUUUGAGAAAUGCUGUAUGAAUAAUUAUACACAUCAAACAAAGAUUACUAGAAACACCAAAGUGAUAACACUUGUUGCUUCAGAAAGGUGAGAUGUCAAAUGCUUUUUAACUGUACUUUGAUAUGUUUACAAUUUGCAAGAGUCACAAAAAUAAUAAAGCUGUUUCUAACUCCCCUCCCCACACUCACAUAACCUGAAUCAUAAGUGAACUAAGAAUAAGAUGGACCUUAUAUCACACUGCAGCAUAAGAACUACGAGAAGAUGAGGGAAGCUCUUGGAAAAUUCUCUGGGGCUAACUACAGUUGGGUCAUUGCUCGUGUACCCAGGAGCCACCCAAGGGUUCCUCUGAAGAGGGAAAUUGAGCACACAUUCCAUUUCUCAGUGUGCACAUGUUUCAGGAGGUGUGAACAGUGCAUAGAGUUUACGUAAGCAAGAAGACAAAUAGUGCUACUGUCUGGUUAAGGAUUUGUUUGAAGAUCCAUGAUUAUCCCCAUCUGGUAAGUUACCAGUGCUUCUCAUCCCUAUAAGACACUUCUUUCUAAUUAUGUUCUCCUCUGAUAGUGUGCCAAGACACUGGCUGAGAGAAAACCAAGUGGAAAAAAGUCUGUUCAGUGAUGAGGAACCCAAGACUUGAUGCCAAGGAUUGAAACCAAGCAAACUUGUAAUUUUCCAUUGGAGAAAACAUCCACACUUUAUUAUUAGUGUGGUUUCUUCUCUACAAGUGGGCUCUACAGCAAUUUCCCCAAAGAAGCAUCUCGUUGUUUCCUUACUAGAUUUAUGUGAAGCAUAUGGGCAAACUCAAAGACCAUGAGGACCCUUGCUAGAGAAGCCAGCAGCAAGCACUGGGAGAAACGCGGGGCCAUCCUGAAGGGAAAUGGUGCCUGUAGACAAAGAACCUUGCAGUAGAGUUGCAUGAUAGUCCACUGGUGGAGGCUCUAAAUGUGAGCCCAAACCCCCACAUAAAUAAGUUUUUAUAUAAUCCAGAUUUUAUUUUUAAUGCAGCCUGUUUUUAUUGAAUUUGUAUUAGCUAAACCCGAAUAGGUAAGUCACAGCACAGCACAGUUCUAUGUUCACAAGAAUUCUAAGUCAAACCCCAAAUUCCUGAAAAGACUCAAAACCCUCCCUGUGUCAAAUUAAAAUGAUAGGCUUUUGUUUUGGAACAUGAAGAGAGGAAUUUUGAAAACCAUAUAAUAGCCCCAGUUAUUUUUAGAUAGAGACAGUAAAAGGGUGUCUCAUUAAUUUGGACCGAUUUGGUGAAAGAUUCAUGUAAAUUAGUGGAAAACCUGGAUUUGAAAUAGUGCCAUUUGAUUACUUUAGGUCUACCAAGUGUUCUGUAUUAUAUCUGAAUUACCGUGAGGAAACAAGUUUGCUGCUCUUAGGGAACCUGCUGUAAG